CUUGCCUAGUGUGACAUUAUGUCGAGUCACACACUACUGCUUCUGUACGGGAGUCAGACGGGCACGGCCCAGGACACGGCCGAGAGGAUCGGUCGUCAGGCACAGAGGAGGAGGAUUGCAGUCCGAGUGCAAGCUCUGGACACAUACAAUGUGGUGAAUCUGAUAUCGGAGGCUCUUGUGGUGUUUGUUUGCUCCACGACAGGGCAGGGUGACCCGCCAGACAACAUGAAGAACUUCUGGCGGUUUCUGUUCAGGAAGUCGUUACCCUCGGGAUCUCUGUGUCGCUUGGACUACGCAGUCCUCGGCCUUGGUGACUCCUCGUAUUCUAAGUUCAACUUUGUGGCUAAGAAGCUCUAUAAGCGUCUGCUGCAGCUUGGUGCUAAUGCGCUACUUCCUGUUGGCCUGGCUGAUGAUCAGCAUGAUUUGGGGCCGGAUGGAGUGAUCGAUCCGUGGUUAAAUUUGUUCUGGCAGAAAGUUCUGACUCUUUAUCCUCCCCCGAGCAACUUAAGCCCCCUUCGUGACGAAGAUCUACUUCCCCCUCGUUAUGUUUUCCACUUCCUGGAUGAUGCUACAGAGAAGCCGGUUGUGAAGCCCUCGCUAGCAGACGGCCAGGCUCCGCCCUCUUCAGCCCGUCCCUUCCCGGCUCGAGUGGUGUCCAAUCAGAGAGUAACGGCCCCUGGUCACUUCCAGGAUGUGAGGCAUAUCGAGUUUGACAUCACAGGCUCAAACAUCCAGUACAGCGCGGGCGAUGUGCUGAUGAUGAGGCCGUGUAAUUCCCCAGAAGACGUGGAUCAGUUUUGCCAGCUACUCAGACUCAACCCUGACCAUUACUUUGUACUCACAGCCACAGAUAACGACACAGCUCCUGUCCCUGUGCGUCUCCCCCAGCCGUGCUCCAUCAGGUUCCUGGUGCAAGAGUUUUUGGACAUCGCCGCAGUGCCGCGGCGCUCUUUCUUUGAGCUGCUCGCCACAUUCACCACUAACGAGCUGGAGCGCGAGAAACUGCUAGAGUUCAGCUCGGCACAGGGUCAAGACGAGCUGCACAGUUACUGCAACAGACCACGACGUACAGCUCUGGAGGUCCUGGCAGACUUUCCUCAUACAACCGCCGAGCUGAAUGUCAACUAUCUGCUUGAUUUAUUUCCUGAAAUCCAGCCUCGCUCUUUCUCCAUAGCUUCUUCUGUCCUGGCACAUCCUAAUCGAAUCCAGAUCUUGGUGGCAGUGGUGAAGUAUAAAACCAGACUCGUCAAGCCCCGUAAAGGCCUUUGCUCUUCCUGGCUGGCAUCUCUGGAAUCCUCUUCUGGUGACGUCUGUGUGCCUUUAUGGGUGAAGAAGGGUGGCCUAAAGUUCCCUCAGGACCCUGACAGCCCUGUGUUAAUGGUAGGGCCUGGAACGGGAGUUGCUCCAUUCAGAGCUGCCAUACAGGAGAGAGUAGCUCAGGGGAAAACAGCUAACGUCCUGUUCUUCGGUUGCCGCUCCGAGUCCAAAGACUUCUACUGUCGCAAUGAAUGGGAGCAGAAAAUCCAGGCAGGUCACAUGACCCUGUUCACUGCCUUCUCCAGAGAUCAGGAGGAUAAAGUCUAUGUUCAGCACAGAGUAAAGGAACAGGCCAAACUGUUGUGGGACCUGAUUGUGAACAGAAACGCUUUCUUCUACAUAGCAGGGAAUGCCAAGCAGAUGCCCACGGCCGUGUGUGACGCGCUCAAAGAGGCUUUUCAGCAGGAGGGAGGUCUAUCAGAGAGCGAAGCUCAGGAAAUGCUGGACACCAUGGAGAAAACUGGACGCUUUCAGAGUGAAACCUGGUCCUGAUCAGCACACGUACAGUGCAUACAUCAUAUCUUCUGGGUCCACAUGGCCUUUAGUACCAAAGGAAUACUAAAGUCAAAUGAAUACACGCGGCUCUGUGCAGCUGAGGACACGACGUACAGAUUGAGACUUGUAUCACUGAUACACACGCAACACUUACAUGUACAAUGUUACAUGCUAUGAAAAGAGUCAGGGUUUUUAUUAUGAGUGCAGUUUUAUCUCCUUGGCAGCAGAGGGCCCUAACGAUAAAUAUUCCACCAUAUCAACAGUAAUAACCCAUUUUUGGAUUUGAAUAUUUAAUGUCCCUGAUUAUUUGAACGAGUAAACAAUAAAGCUGUGUGAUCUAAUGGAA